ACGAAUUCGUGCACUAUAUAAAGGUAUACCACUAAUUAGCAUUACAUCGGGUAAUGGCUGAUAUUCAAAUUCUAUAUUUUCUAUCAUUUUAAAUAUUCUUCUCUACGAAGUGACCGAGAAGUGAGAACUCAGAAGCGAGAGUGGUUAAUAUUUUUAUUAUUGCGGCCGAUUAACCGUGACACCGUCUACAUCGUGCACAAUUAACGACAUAUUUACGAAAUAAAGACGUCUAUCGAGUGUGUAUCGAUCGUGCAUCAAAUACCUAUUUCGAAUCGAAAACCAAAUCGCUCACGAAUAUGGCCCAGUCAAGUUAUAAACUGUUGCAAGACCUCCAAAAUUCGACGAACAACGAGUGUCUGACUGCCGGUAACGACUUGGAAUGGGGAUGGGAUCCCUUGGAAUCAAACACUGAUGUGAAUAUAUCAGACGACACGUUAAAGGUAGUAAUUCAUCCAAACUCUAGCCGGGGUACCGGAGCGGUUCGUGGUGACAUGCCGUUCGUGCCGGGUCAUAUCUACUAUUGGGAGAUCAAAGUGGACGGUUCACCUAUGGCCACCGACAUGAUAGUUGGUGUUGGCACAAAAGAUUUCGACUUGGAGAGCUCUAAAAACGAAUAUACUAGUCUAAUAGGAUCGGAUGAGAAAUCGUGGGGAUAUUCUUAUAAAGGUGUCAAACACCACGGUGGAGAAAGUUUGAUAUAUGGUCAGAGAUAUGAUCACGGUGAUGCAUUGAUAGGAGUUCGAUUGGAUAUGUGCAGAGGGACAUUGGAAUUUUUCCAUAAUAGAAUUCCGUUAGGUGUGGCUUUUGAAAAACUAAAUAAUACACAUCUCCUCUACCCGAUGGUAUGCUCCACUGCAUGCCGAACUCAUUUCACAAUAAAAUACUGCCGUUCGUUGCCAGUAAAUCUGCAACUUUAUUGUUUGCAAGCUUUUGACUCUAGUAAGAAUUCAUUAAUACCAUUUGGUAUUUUGAAAAUGGUAAUGGACUCUUGGUGGAUUCCUAAAUCCUAUUCGUCAUAACACAACUUAAGAUUUCAUGAUUAUAUUUUUAUUUUAUUUUUUAAGAUUACU